UUUAAAGGAAAAAGAAAUUGAAGAGAAAGAUAAUGUAAGUUUGACAGAUGACUAUGCUGAUGAAGCAGUAAUGGAAACUGGAAAAAGUGUGGCAAAAUGGAACAAAGCCGGAAUUCAAGGACGGGAGGCAACUAUUGGAAUGGCUCGAAAGAAAAUUGCCAUAUCUGGAGCCAUUUGCUCCCGAAGACGCUGUGCAUUACUAUUUCAACAGACAGUGGAGUCGGCAAAAAUCGGAACUUAAACUCGAAGUAUUAGUUGCAAAAGACAGUGAGAACGAGAAUGAAACUACUGACCACUGCAAUCAUGGAGAUGACAAAAGCUUGGAAAACAAAGAUGACAGAAAUCCUUAUAUUAAAAUGAUGGCUGGCCCUUUGGUUCUGGAAGGAUUUAAUUUUAAGAAAUCUGAGCCAAAUGAAGAUGACACGCCAAAGAAUGCAGCCAAGGAGAAAGAUACACUUAUGAUACAGUUUACGAAUGAAGGCAAUUCUCUGAUUGGUGAAAAAAUGUUGAAUGGUGUCACGAUAGCAAAAUUCCAAUCUAGGCUCCACCCACUUCUACAGAAGAAAAAUAAGGAUAAAAGGGAUCAUUUCACAGACGAGAAGAAAGCGAAGAAAGAGACUAAGAAGACGAUGUUUUCCUUUUUUCGUCGUGUGUUUGGUUGAUGCCUGAGACAUCUGUAAAACAAACUAUAGACAGAGAAUUGUUAAAUUAUUUAUAACUUUUUUGAAUUUUUUGUAAUACAUAU